AUGCAAGAAGCAACGAUAAAGAUCGAAGCCGUCGACGACGAUAUCGACGAUGACACUGUCCUUCGCUUCAUUGAACUUGUCUAUACUGGAGAUUAUACCAGUCCUCAAAAGAAUGGUCCACUAUCAACUCAAGAGACGAGCAGUACACAGCCAGCGUCCGCCGGGCCAAUACAAAAUGGUUCUACAUCAUCGCUAUCAGACCUUGCCAAAACGAACCUCAUAUUUCAAUCCGGGUCUCACCAACAGACGUACACUCUCGAAACAAAGACCACCUCAAUACAUCGUCUAACAGACCUACCUGACGCAGAUGCUCAGCUCUUCAAACCAGCUUCGAAUCCGCCACCCGGAGCGCAGAUCUUCGCUCUAACCACCGAAGCCACGAUUUUCCAUCCUCAAGGGGGAGGUCAGCCCAGCGACAUUGGGACGCUGUCAACGCUGCCGGAGUAUGGGAGCAAUCAGGAAGGACAAAAGUUCUUCGAAGUCGCCAUGGCCCGCACCUCAGCUACCAAUAUCGGCACAGUCCUCCACUUCGGAUAUUUUAUAGAUGAGUCGAUUGCUCAACCGGGACCCUCUUCACUAUCGGUUAUACAAGUAGUGGACUCCGAUAAACGACACCUGUAUUCAAGACUACAUACAGCAGGGCACGUUCUCGGCACCGCAACACGCUCACUACUCGAAGAUAAAAUCGAAGACUUUGACGAAUUGAAAGCAAGUCAUUUCCCCGAUGCCGCAAGUUGCGAGUUUAAAGGAUCGAUAGACGGGAAGUACAAGUCCGAGAUACAGACCGCGGUUGAUCAGCUUGUGGACAAAGACGCGGAGGUUCGGAUCGGAUGGUGGCGGAAGGAGGAUUUUAGAAAUCGUGGGCUGGAGAGGCUGUUGCCGUCUGAUGAGGUGUGGACGCAGAUUGCGACGCAGGUGGAUGAGAGUGGUGAUGAGGUUGAGGGCUCUACAGGUCCGGACGAUGAAGUGACGAGGAUAAGGGUAGUGGAAAUUGUGGGAUUUGAGGUGUACCCUUGUGGUGGAACGCAUGUACCUUCGACGAAAGGGUGUGGGAAGGUCAGUGUGAAGAAGAUCAGUAGGUCGAAAGGGACAAGUCGUGUGAGCUAUUUAGUGGACUAG